GAAAUAUUAUUUCCUCUAUCAUGGGACAUGAAAACAGUUGUUGUGCCAAUAAAAGGCAAUCUCCACAACCUAUAGACUCAGAAUCUCACCUUAACAACCAAAAUCAAGUAAAAGCAUCAAGAGAUCGAAAGUGGCAUAACAACAAAAGCUCUGCUCAAGAUAUCAAAAAAACUAAAAGUGUGGGCAACCCAAAACUAAGCCAGUCCCAUUAUAAUGCUCAGCAUAAUUUAAAAAGGAAAAAACUUGGAAAUUUUAACUCAAAGGUCUCAUCAAAAAGGAAUUUUUAUGGGGCAAGCAAGAAGCAGAAAAAGUACAACUCCGCUGCAGAGAAACAAAGAUCUAAGAAAGAUAUGUUGAGCACGAAGGUAGUAAAUAGCUCUUUCUGAACUCCUGCUAAAACUGAAAGCUCUAAGAUGAAAUCAAGUCCAAAUAACAGCUUUUACAUGUCUUGUAAGACCCAAAAUUUUUCGAGGAAAACUAGCAUGAUGAGCACAGAUAUCAUUUAUGAAGAAAUGGCAGAAGAAUUUGAGAAAAUGAAAGAGAGGUACAGCUACAAGAAGUGUUCUCCUUCCACGAAUUUACCUAAACGUGCAUCUACAAUGUACACUAAGAUAGACGGAAAGAAAGCAAUUUGUUGCAACAAUGCAAUUGUCAAGAACUUUAAACUGAUUUAAAUAUCUAAUUUAUAUCCUAGCUUUUGA